AUUUCCAUAAUAAAUUUUAAAAAAAACUUUCCUGCUCCCUGUCUCUGCGCAGCCCGACUUUAAUUAUUUCAACCCGGCAAAACAUGUACCAAAUGUACUUAUGCUUUUAUUCACAACUGUUUCCCCGUAGGGAGCCUUCACGUGUCUUUUAGUCGGAAACGUUUUAUGCUCUCCGAUUAUUCCGGCAGCACGUGAAGGCAUCAUAAUUAAGAUUAAACUAGCUAGCGGAUAAACUCCGGAGUUUUUAAAAUGUCUUACUGGAUGUACUGCAACGCCUGCUUCCUCUGUCCCAGUGCUGAGAGGAAGCUGGCUGUCACCACCUGUGGACAUAUCAUCUGUAGUGUCUGUUUUCAGAAAGGCAACCAAGGCAAGUGUUUAAUAUGCAACGCCAAGUGCCAGAUAUCCCCUCUCUCUGACAAAAGCAGCUCAGAGGUGAAGGCCCUGUUCACUGACAUCAAUGUUGUCGCAACCAAGCACUUCACUGAAAUCAGCAAGGUUAUUAUGUUCCAGGCAAGACAUCAAAAGAGACUUUUGGCUCAUUACCAGCAAAGGAGCGAGAAACUGGAAGACGUUUUAGUCAAGAUGAAGCAGGAAAUGCAGCAGAUGUCAAAGAAGGUUAACGAACAGAGCGCCUACAUUGCAAAGCUGGAAAACUCCCUUCAGCAUCACAGUUCCAAAGUUUCAUCAGGGCCUCAGAUGAGCCACAGUUCCCACACUCCACAGAGACACAAACCAGUCCUACAGAUCCCGUAUAACUCCCCCAUGUCGCUCUCAAGACACUCGUCAAUGGCUAAUGUCGCUGAAAACAUGGAGGUGGAUGGUCUCUUCAGGAAGCCGAACAGCGCCCCCAGGCUGUCACUAAUCAGCCCGCCGCAGGACGGACGAAUGGGUACCAUCCCUCAUCGAUCGUCCGAUCAGAACGCGAUGGCCAUCUACUCAGCUCGCUCAGCCACAGUCAGUCGUUUUCAAGGAGCACCGAUGACCCCAGAUGUUUCAUACAGCCACACGUCUGAAUGGAAGUCUCCUAUCUUCAAACCUGUCUCCUCCUUCAGACACUCCAUGUCCUCCCUGGUCUUCCCUCCUCCAUAACACACACACACACACACACACACACACACACACACACACACACACACACACAGCCUUUAGAGGGAACACACCUGGCCACUGACAUGUGUUCAAAGGUAUUCACGUCUCUCACAGACUAGAAAAAAUGCUGUAUUUUAACAACCCUGGAUCCACAGUUGUGUUUACAUGUAUGAGAAUGGGAUGUACUUCAAUUUGAAUACGUAAUUAAAUGACACGUUGAACGCCCCA